UUCUCUUUACUUGUUUUCAUAAAGCAGAGUAAGUGUGUGGCUCAUAGUAGCUGAUAUCAAUUGAAGAGAAUCUCCUCAUUCACUUAAUUUCUCUUCUUUCGUUUGAAUAAAUCUAUUUUCAUAUGUCCAGCCUGACGGACUCCGAUUGGUCCGAUACGCUUAACAACAAGCCUCUGAUUGGUCGGUGGUUCCCGUGCAGAUUUUUUUCCUGAGAGAAGGCGUUUGGUGAAUGGCCGCUCGUCGUGGAAGCGUCCGGUGAGUCUGAUUGGCGGAACGCGUCGGGGCGUUUCAUUCUGAUUGGUCGACGCCUGAUGCCCGGUGUCCGGGUAAGAUGGCGUCGGAAGAGCAGUGCUCGGCACCACUUCGAUGGCGGUCGAUAUCCUUAACUCACGUGCAGUAUCCGGCGGAUGAUCUGACAGGACAGGUGCUGGCUUACACGAGUCUGCUGCCCAUAGCCAUCCUCGUCGGCUUUGUCACACUGAUCGUCUUUAAGAGAGAGCUACACACGAUCUCCUUUUUUGGGGGUUUGGUAAUGAACGAGGGGCUAAACUGGCUGCUAAAACACAUUGUACAGGAGCCGCGGCCAUGCGGGGGUCACAGUUCACUCACCACAGAGUAUGGGAUGCCUUCCAGCCACUCUCAGUUCAUCUGGUUUUUUGUUGUAUAUUUUUUUCUUUUUCUUUAUUUAAGAAUGCAUCAGACGAACAAUGCUAGGUGUGUUGAACUGUUGUGGCGACAUAUACUGUCCAUCAUUCUACUGGGUGUGGCUCUGUGUGUUUCAUACAGCAGAGUCUACCUCUUGUAUCACACCUGGAGUCAGGUGAUUUAUGGAGGUGUGGCUGGUAUGGUCAUGGGAGUCGUGUGGUUUUUUAUCACCCAGGAGGUGCUAACGCCGGUGUUUCCUAAGAUUGCAGCCUGGCCGGUCUCAGAGUUUUUUCUGGUGCGAGAUACAAGUCUCAUUCCAAACAUUCUGUGGUUCGAAUACACAGUAACCAGAUCAGAAGCCAGAAACAGACAACGAAAGCUGGGAACAAAACUUCAGUGAUCAACAGUGAAAACUGACAGAAAGGACCACAUGUACACACACUCACAAUUACACACAAACACACAAUCAAACACACUGGAGUUUCAUCGUCUGGACUGUUCUGGUUGACACACAAGCGCAGAAUGGUGUACUUGUGGACCAAAGGAGCGAGUUCGUUUCUCAGACGAUGACCGUAAUCAUGCGACCCCACCUGUUCGUACGCACGACAACAUGGCCGUCAGCCCUCCCCUUCCCUUAGACUGCCCCUGCCAUCCUAAUGCAUGCGGACCGUGUAAGACACAAAAACUAUUUAAUGAGAAAUGUAAUAUAUAUUUUAAUCAUUACCGCUCGCAGGAAAUAUCAUACCGGUGAACGGGGUCAGAGGUGAACGUGGCGAAUCAGUCAGCAUGGCAUUACUUUUAUUUAAACGAUGCGUUAAUGAAUGAUUGACGGGAGGGCAGGAGGGGAAUCGCAGAUGCAACACUGAUAGCAGACGGGGGUGUCUGACGGACAACUUCUUUAGCUCAUUUGCAUAUCUUAAUAGAAAUAUAUCUUUUACUCAGUAAAUCUCAUGACAACAUGUCGCAUUUUCCCCGUUAAGCAAUUCGUAGCAGUUUUUUUGCACUGUGACUUUUUCAGGGCAGUUAAGCGCAUCCCUCCGCUCUUCAUUGAAUUCUGUGCUUGGUUAUCAUGAAAUAAUGUCACAAUGCAAAAUAAAAUCCUAAAAACAAUUUUUUUUUUUUAAGUUAUUUCUUUUGAUGUUUGGGGUAAGAUAUGACCUGGACACGUUCUUGAGAGGUUUUGCAAGAUUCACUCAAUAGUUCUGUUAAAAGUGUAAUGUAAACGAAACAGUUUGCACUUUGUGAAUUUAAAAACGUGUUUUUAUCAUAUUAACACUAGUUAUUUCAGAGAGGCAAGUAUUCUUUUGUUCCCGACUUUCAUCGCUGGCCUGUUUUAAGAACGAAUGUGUCAUGCAAAUGUUUAUUGGUUUCAAUUUGUGCUCAAAGUCUGUAAAGGCAUCGCAAGUAUGGAUUUGGGUUUUAUAGAUUCAUCCGUUUCAGUGGUGUAGGGAACAAAAUUGCCUAAAAUUUGUCUAAAUGAUGUAGUACUUUUAUUUGUUUUUCAGAUUGCAUUAUUUCUAUUUUGCAUAAUUUUUGUACUGCACUAUUGGUUAAGAUAUUAGAAAAACACAUAGCUAUUUCUGGUUUAUUGGGCUUUAGAAAGCUUUAUGUCGGCUAAUGGCUUUUUUUGUUUAAUGUGAUUUGAAAGAUAUGCAGAAUCACGUUGUAAUAUUUGGGAUCUACAUUCCUUAUAAAUAUAUACAUAUCAAUCCAGAUCUCAGAGGUCACAGUUCUGACAGGUGGCUGAACACGUAAUGCUAAGAGUUUUAAGUUACAAUUUAUCUAGACUUUGUCCAUUUUGACCCUUUUGUGCUGUCGCUGAAGAUUUUCCCUUGACAUUCCAUAAAACCACUUUCGAGUAUUUAGUAUUUAGUAAAACUGCUAUUACAGGAUGAGAUUUCAAAUGGACAAUGAAGCCCAAACCUCAGGUGAACUCUAGCAUGUACCGAGGCCUCUGAUUUAUUAGGAUGAAACUGUCCCCAACGGGGUGAUGUUUUUAUAAAGGGAGGUUAUUGCAUAACAAUAAGUUGAUCCUCUCUUUUAUCAUGUGUAAUUCAUAUCAGGCUGAACAAUAAAACAAAUUGUUUACGAAUGAA